GCAGGGCAUGAUGAUUAUGAUGAUGGGUACUGCUGGAGAGAAUAUUCCAAAAGCACCAAAAGAAAAAACUGUAUUCGUGGAAGACUUGACCGAUACAGACAUACCUACCGGAUUUCCUCCUGGACUUGAAAAUUUGGGAAAUACAUGUUAUAUGAAUUCAACUAUACAGUGUUUGAAGGCCAUUCCUGAGCUCAAACAGCAACUGAUGAAAAUGGAGAGUGCUGGUCAACUGAACCCCAACACCAUGUUGUCGAGAUCUCUGCGUGACUUAUUUGCACGCAUGGAUAAUCAGCACAGCGGCAUAUCUCCCGGUGGAUUUCUUUCCGCAUUACGGCAGGUAUUCCCAAGAUUCGCUGCUCGUGACGACCAUGGUGGUUUCAUGCAACAGGAUGCUCAGGAAUGCUGGACCGAAAUCGUAAAUUGUAUCAACAGGGCGGCACCAGGUGUUAAUACCAGUGAUCAAAAUAAUACAUUUGUGAAGCAAUACCUCGGACUUGAAAUGGAUAGCAAAAUACAGUGCCUAGACUCUCCUGAUGAGCCCGCAACUACGGAGAAAGAAUCUCAAUUUAUUCUGAGUUGCAACAUCACCACCGAGGUCAACCACUUAGUCAAUGGCAUUAAGCUGUCACUCCAGAACAAACUAGAAAAGACUUCACCGACGACGGGCUCCAUUGCUCAAUACCAAAAAACUUCUGGCUUCAGUCGUUUACCGAAUUAUCUGACUAUACAAUAUGUUCGGUUCUAUUGGAAAGCUAGCACAUCAACCAGUGCAAAAAUUUUGAGGAAUGUGAAAUUUCCUCUUGAACUGGAUAUGUACGAGUUUAGCACGCCGGAGCUGCAAGCGAAACUCAAGCCGGCACGCCAGCUUUUCGUCGAACAAAGUGAGCGUGACGCUGACAGUUCGGCUAAAGCUAAAGCAGACGAUGAUAAAGUCAAGAUGGACGCGGACCAAAAAACUGGGAAAAAGUCUAUGCCAUCGGAAUUUGCAGAUGACACGGGUUCAAAUAACAGUGGAUUCUAUGAGCUGAAGGCGGUCCUUACUCACAAGGGUCGAUCAAGCGAUUCCGGCCAUUAUGUUGCUUGGGUUAGAAGUGAGACUAACGCCAAGGAAUGGAUGCUAUUCGACGACGACAAGGUAACAUCUGCUACUGAGGAACAAGUUCUUGCCCUUUCUGGUGGUGGUGAUUGGCAUAUGGCCUAUAUUUUACUAUACGGCCCAAAGGUCUUGAAAUCUGACGCCGACUUGGCAUAGAACAGAAAAAGGGAGACAUCGUCCCGAGACAUUGUCAUGACUCGUGAACUACAGGCCCUCUUAAAGUAAUAUAACCAGUAAAGCAAGCAUUUCUUUGAAUUUGGGGAGACAGUUUGAACUCGGUUGCGAAGGGAUACAGAGUAAAUGAUAUAUAUAUAAUGCAA